AUGCUGGAAAUCUCAACUUUACCGGAAAUCCCUCCCGGGAAUCCGGAGGGAGGCGCCGCGGUGGUCUCCCAGGGGCUGAAAGCGGAGCAUGGCGAUGACGGUGACCGGAGUUCCGCCGGGAUCCGGUGGCCUAAAGCGGAGACAAUUGCUUUGCUCAAGAUAAGGUCCGAAAUGGACGUUGCUUUCAGAGAUACAAACCCCAAAGCCCCUCUCUGGGAACAAGUCUCAAGGAAAUUAGCGGAGCUAGGAUAUAAUAGGAGUGCGAAGAAGUGCAAGGAGAAAUUCGAGAACAUUUACAAAUACCACAGGAGAACCAAGGACGGUCGUUGUGGCAAAUCCAACGGUAGCAAGACUUAUAGAUUUUUCGAGCAAUUGGAAGCUUUAGAAGGACACCACUCACUUCCCCCUCCGUCUAUAAGCGCCCCAGAAAAUACAACAACAACCACCCACGUGCUCGACAACAACAACAUCAACGUUGAUGUUAUUUUAGAUGCGAUUCCAUGUUCGGUGAGUGCGUACGUGGGGGAGCAUUCUAGUUCGACGACUUCGUGUUCGGGGAAGGGGUUUAGAAAGAGGAAGCUGACGCAGUUUCUGGAGGGGAUGAUGAGGGAAGUGAUAGAGAAGCAAGAGACGCUGCAGAGGAAGUUCAUGGAGGUGUUGGACAAGUGCGAGAAGGAUCGAAUGGCGAGGGAGGAAGCGUGGAAGAAGGAGGAGCUGGCGCUGAUUAAGAAAGAACGCGAGCUUCUGGCUCAGGAACGCUCAAUCGCCGCGGCUAAAGAUGAAGUCGUCCUUGCUUUUCUGAAAAAGUUCGCCCAAGCAGAAGGCGCGGUGCAGUUGCUGGAGAAAAUUCAGGUUCAAAACGACAACCACAACAAGGACAUGCAACAAAAUGGGAAUAUUAAUGUUACUGCUAAUGGAGGUGGCGGUGGUGGUGUCAUUGGUAUGGAUAAGCGAGAGUGUGGGAAUAAUCUCAGUGUUAGGAAUUUCGUACACAUGAGUACUUCGCGGUGGCCAAAGGAUGAAGUAGAGGCUCUGAUAAGGUUGAGGACUGAACUUGAUGUGCAGUCCCAAGGGAACAAUAAUAAUAUUAAUGGUGUAUCUAAGGGGCCUCUCUGGGAGGACAUAUCUUCGGCCAUGAAAGGCCUUGGCUACGAUCGCAGUGCCAAGAGGUGUAAAGAGAAAUGGGAGAACAUAAACAAGUACUUCAAGAGGAUGAAGGAGAAGAACAAGAGGAAGCCUCAGGAUUCCAAAACGUGUCCUUAUUACCACCACCUGGAGGUUCUGUACAGCAAGAAGCCUAAGAGGGUGGAUGGAAAUGAUCUUGGGAAAGAGUUGAAGCCCGAGGAGCUCUUGAUGCAUAUGAUGGAGAGUGAAAGUCAAGAAGAGAGACAAGCACAGCAACAACAGAUACAGAGUCAGUCAUCAUCUGAAGAUGGUGAGAGAGAGAAUACGGAUGAGAACGAGGGAGACGAUGAAGAUCAAAAUAGGUUUCAGAAUCAGAUGGUUGAAAAUAGUCCUUCCAUAACAAUCAUGAGUUAA